AUGAGUGCACGGGAACUCAAUCAAAAGCAAUUCAAAGAAGAAAGAAAACAAUCAAUCAAGCUUCUAACCUUUAAUACCUGGGGGUUAAAGUAUAUUUCCAAGUUUAGGAAACAACGAUUGAGAGCAAUUGCAGAUUCUUUGGCAAACCCUGCGUCAGAAGACGACGACUAUGACAUAGUUGCUCUACAAGAGGUCUGGUGUGAAGAAGACUGGCAAUAUUUGGAUCUUGUAUGUCGAGUUAGAUAUCCUUAUAGAAGAAUUUUUAGAUCAGGAAUUGUGAGUGGUCCUGGUUUAGCAGUUUUGUCCAAGAUCCCAGUGACAGAGACUUUUCUUUAUCGUUUCCCAAUCAAUGGUAGACCAUCAGCAUUCUUUAGAGGGGAUUUCUAUGUUGGCAAAAGUAUUGCCGUUACCAUGUUUCAACCACAACAUGCAGAUAUUCUUCCAAUUGCUUUAUUGAAUUCUCACAUGCAUGCACCAUAUGGAAAAGGGGAUGCAAGUUAUUCGACACAUAGAGCUUGUCAAGCUUGGGAUUUUGCCAAAUUGGUUCGUAUGUUAAAAAAAGCAGGUUAUGCUGUUAUUCAAGUUGGAGAUUUAAAUUCAACACCUGAUUCUUUACCUUAUAAAUUAUUUACUAUUGAAGGUGGAUUGUCUGAUUCAUGGAAUAUUCUAAAUAAAGACAGGGUAAUUCCGAAUGAAGAAAUUGCUAAAUUGUCACUUGAAGAUCAGAUUCUUUUGGCUGGUGUUACAUGUAAUUCAAGACUCAAUACUUGGAGAUCAACGCGACCACUUUGGGAAGCAUGUCGAUUGGAUUAUGCGUUAAUUGACGCGGCAAAUAUCACUCCUAUUGAUGCGAAAGUAAAAUUUGUUGAUAAACUUAAUCCACCAUUUCGCUGUUCGUAUUCAGACCAUUUUGCUUAUAGUGUUGAUUUGGUCGUUAAUUCUAUCAAUAAUAGAAAAAGUUAUAGCUCAGGUGCCAAUGAUGAGGAGAAGGAAGCGGUUUAUAGAGAGUUGUUGGCUGAGAUCUCCCAAUAUCGAAAGUUCACUAUUCCUAGACAAUUGUUGUGGAGAAAAUUUCAUUUUAUUUUAUCAUUUGCAACAAUAAUUGGUAUGCAUAUAGGAAUUGCAUUCGUCGUUGAUGUUGCUGCUUGGGUUUCCGUUGUUUUUUUAUUUCUAUCAUCCAUCAUAAUAAUUACAGGUGGUCUCAAUGGUUUGAUCUGGUACAUGGGAGUCAGAUCAGAACUGAGAGCCUUACAAGAAGUCCAGAUGGAAGUUGAAGAUGCUUAUAAUUUUCUUGUUAAACAAAAUUCAUAG